UCCACCCAUCGAGGUAUAAAACGAACCCGCCCUCUUCUCGGCGCCAUAUUGAGCUCUGAACACCGGACGAGGCUGAAACCAGAAGGAACGACAUCAUGUCUGACGAAGGAAAGCUUUUUGUUGGAGGCCUGAGCUUCGAAACCACAGAGCAGUCCCUGGAGGAUGCCUUUGCCAAAUACGGUGUAAUCACCAACGUUCAUGUCGCCAGAAACAGAGAAACAAACAAGUCAAGGGGCUUUGGAUUUGUCACAUUUGAGAACCCAGAAGAUGCAAAAGAUGCCAUGGAGGGAAUGAACGGAAAAUCUGUAGAUGGCAGGGCAAUUCGUGUGGACGAGGCAGGAAAGGGAGGCAGUGGCCGCUCUGGCGGUGGUGGAUACAGAGGUGGCAGUGGAGGAGGAAGAGGAGGUGGAUACUUCCGUGGGGGCAGAGGAAGAGGUGGUGGUGGCUAUGGCGGUGGUGACCGCAGCUAUGGCGGUGGUGACCGCAGCUAUGGUGGUGGCGACCGGGGCUAUGGAGGUGGUGACCGUAGUUAUGGGGGAGACCGGGGCUACAGUGGUGGCUACAAGAGUGGUGGUGGUGGUGGUGGAGGAUACAAUAGAGACAGGAGUUCCAGUUAUGGAGACAGAAGCAGCUCCUACAGAGACAACUAUGAGGGAUAUAGUGCUGCACAUGAAUAAGGCCCAAGAUGCAACUCUUCACUGGCUGUGUAUUCUAAAGACGUGCUCCUCAAGGAUCUGUUCAUUCAUGUAGUAGAUUUUCUUUGUUUAUAAACAGAAAUGCAGGUGGAAUAUGGGGCAGGGAGUUGUUUAUAUUGGCUGUGAAAUGUUUUUCUUUGUUUUUUCUUUCCUUUUUUUUUUUUUUUACAUUACUGAAAUAAUGAGCCUCAUGUGAAUCUUAUUCCUCUUGGUCUGUUCUGACCAGCUGCCACAGUAUUGCUAUCUGGUCUCAAAUUUUCCAUUUUAUUGGAGGUCCUUAUUUUAUAUUUUAGGUUGCCCUAUGUUUUAGCGAGCAUCUACCUCUUAAAAGACCAUUUAGGCAGCUGUGGAAUUUUCAUAGUUUUCAAAUUUGAAUCGAUGCAGUAAACAGUGAUAAAUUGAGCAAUCUUUCCAUUUGAAAUAAAAGGCAAAUUUGAUAGAAACUAAAAGCCUCUGUCCAUGUCAAGUAUCCAAAGAGUCGAUUCCUUACAGACUGGUGAACACUGCUCGGCCGAGCUGGCCGGCACUGGUGCUGUUCUUGAAGUGCAGCUUGCCACGUUCACCCUCACUCUUCCAGAGGUAUAUCUGCCCUGCUUGACGUUUUCCAUUUGUUUUAAACAUGUGCUGUAAAGAUGGACCGACACUUCUAAACUGUACAGUAAUCUAUAUGGAAGAUGAAAUGUUAAACUGUUACUAUUAUUACUACCCCAGAUCUAAGGGGAUUAUGUGCUCUGUUCUUUGUAUUCGCAUUGGAUCUCUUAUUUGUGUCCUUGGCUUCAUGGAGCCUAUUAAAUGAAACAGUUUGAAAAUCAA